GUGGAGUCCGACAUCCUGCGCCGGGUCCGGACGCUGCUGCGAGAGCUGGACGGGCACCACCCGGCCUGCCAGUGUGACCGAGGGAUGCUGCGAUGGACCCUGCAUAAAAAAAUCGACCAGAAUCCCAGUAACAGCUCUGUCCUGGUCAGGAUCCUGGUGAAGGAGCUGGAAAGGGCAGAGCGGGGUGACUUCAGGCAUUACAUCAUCCCCUUGCUGCACACCCUGAUGUACACCUUGAUCAAGGCUCCCUGCAUCUCUGAGGAGCUCUGUGGCAGAGUCUACGACUUCUGCAAGAAGCUGCUGACCCUGCCCAAGCCUUUCUGCACCAUUGGGCUGGACUAUGCCACCAGGCUGAAGGUGGAGAGGACAGCACCAGGUACCUUGUACCAAAGAAUGGUCAUUUCUGAACAAAGCCUGAAAAGCGACCCGUACCCUUACCAGGAAAAGAUUUUCAUCUUUGCUGACCCAGAGCUGCUCCCUGAAGCCAUCUGCAAUGCUCUGCUCACCGACACAGAGGCAGCUCAGGUGUCCCAGAGCCCCCGGGCCUGCAUGUGCCACGUUAUCACCCACGCGGUGCAGGCGGCCCUGGGCGAGGGCUGCGACCUCGGCGGCCUGAGGGGCAGACUCCAGGAUAUGCCCACCAGUGAGGUGGAGCACUGGUUCCAGCAGGUGGUGGUGGCAGUGGAGUGUGCAGGAAGCGAGGGGAGCACAGCCAGAGGCCAGCACACAGCCCGGCUGGAGGAGAUCUACCGGGCCCUCCUCAGCUCCUCGCAAGCAGGCAAUGUUCCCAUGGGAGGGCUGCAGGACACACCUCUGCCCAACCCCACCAUCAGCUUUCACCUCUGGACAGAAGAAAACCAGCUCUGGAAGGAGCUGGUGCUGUUCAUCCGCCCGCUGUCGCAGAGCUGCGAGCCCGACUGCCUCGGCCAGGACCUGGACAGCUUCGAGAUCCAGGACAUCAUCUCAGACUGUGAAUGCUGCGAGCAGACCCGCUUCUCUGUCCUCUCCACCGACAGUGGGAUCGAGCGAGACCUGCCCGUGGCAGCGGAGGAAUCCUUGGCCCCUUGCGGUGCCGAAACGGAGCAAUCCCGGCUCCACAGGAGGGGCGGCAUCAAAAAAAAGCCAUCACCGCUGGAGAGCGUGGCCUUCCUGCAGGCUGGCUGCAGCAGUCCCGGGGUGAAGCCCUCGGUGAAGCUGCAGAAGAGAUCAGGAACCCCCCAGGAUGCUGCAGCCCCGCUGCAGAGGCUGCACACUGCCCGCAUCGUGCUGCUGGGGGACGACCGCAUCCUGGGGCGCCUGGCCCAGGCCUACCACUCUCUGAGGAAACGGGAAACGCGGCGGGUUUUUCUGACUCCCAGGCUGAACCUGCAGUUCUACUACAUCCCGGUGGUGGCAGGGCAGCCAAACACCUCGGCUGUUGUGGACCACCCUUCCAGCAGCCACGAGGAGCUGUGUGAGGUGGCCGGGUACCUGGGCAGAGCCGACCCGUGGUACGAGAGCAACAUCAACACCCUGUGCCACGUGAUUCCCAAGCUGGCCACCAUGCCCCCCUCGCCAAGCAAACACCUGGUGACCGAUCUGUUCAUCACCGACAUCAUCGCCUACUACGUCCGCAUGGGCCUCCAGCCCGUCUGCUUCCAGGUCUACGCUGUGAAGGUUUUCUUCAACGACCCGGCACAGGAGCCGGCUGAGGACGUGUUCCUCACGGAGCUGUGCACCCAGGGGCAGGACAGCAUCUCCCACAGAGAGUUAAGCGUGACCAAGAAGAAAACAACCCUGGAUGGCCCUGGCAUAGAUCUCACAGUAACAUACAGAAAGGUUGUGGUGAGCGAGCGGGAGAAGGAGCUGGACAUGUCCCUGCGCUCCACAGGCCUGGUGAUGAAAGCCAUCCCUUCUCAGGAGGCUGAAGACCUGGAGUGUCUGAAUGUGACCAUCACUGAAAUCAUCAGGACCAGCAACUUGUCAGGAAAGUCGUUCUCAGCUGUGGCAAACAGGUUGAAAACACGAAAUAUCACGAUCAGGAGCACAGAGCAGAGACCCUUCACGGUGUGUCUGGACAAGGACAGCAGAAGAACCUACAGGAACGUGAUCAGCCUGGAAGUGUCUCCUUGCCUAGAGCCCAGCUACUGCUUGCAAAAGACAAGGACCAUGAAAUUCAGCCUUCACGAAACAGAGGACGUGGGGCUUGUGAAAUACCUGCCCAAGUCUCUGCUCCUGCCCAUCAACACGUUUGCAGGUGUCAUGCAGUGAGGAAAGCAAGAGAAAGCUGCUGUGGGAGAUGUUUCAUUGGGCCAUCACAGAGGACAUGGAAAAGGAAAAUGCACUAAAAGGCACCAGUGGAGAUUUUCCAGUGGUAAUGGUGUGAAAAGCUGCGAGAGCAGAGGUGGAUGGGGCUCAGCUGUGCCCUGCUGGGUGACAGUGUGACCAC